AUGGCAUUAGAAGAAAAUAAUAAUAAUACUACAGGAAAUUUCAAUUAUGAAACCAGACCACCACCGCCACUUAGACCAGUUAACGCAAACACUUUAACUGAAAAACAAGUUGUCAUAGCUGAAGAAUUUCCAAUGCUAUUGAACAAAAGUAAAGAGGAAUUAGAAGAUUUAUUGAAUAAUGAAGUGGUUUUUGAUUCUUUUUUGGAAACUGUUGAACAAAUACAGAAAACACUAACACAAGAAGAAGAUUUAAAUCAACUUUAUAAAAAAGUUCAAGAUGAAGAAAAUGAACUUAAAGAACUUUAUGAUGCUUAUAAAGAAAAAAUAAAGACACAACAAGAAGUUUUGCAGUUGGAGGUACAACAAUCAGAUGAAUUAUCAGAACAAAUAGCAAAUUCGUUUUUAGAUGGAGAGAUAGAAUAUGAUCAUUUUGUUAAGCAUUUUAGAGAAGUAAGAAAAGUGUAUCAUCUUAGAAAUGCCAAGGUUGAAAGAAUUGCUUUGAAUCCUAUGAUAAAAGAAAUAGCAUUCUAUUUGAAGGAAGUGCUUUGCUUUAGCCUUGCUGGUUAUAAAUUAAUUCCAAAAACUGAAGAAAAUGAAUAUAUUAAGAUAUUGGAACAUUUAAAAACCA